GAAAAGAAGGAUUAAGAAAUCUCUCUCAGAGGCUGCUUCGGAGAAAACCUGAUUUUUUCUCUUCCCUCACUCGAGACAGAUGAAGAGCCACCGAUGGAAAUGCAGAGGCUCUUAGAGAAUGCCAAGGAAAUAGAGACGACAACGAAAUCUCUGAUAGAGAAGCACGCCCUGAUAUCCCACAACGAUGGAUUCGUUGUUAAGGGGAAAUUACCAGAUGCCAUUAGGCCAAGAGACUUCUGCUACGGUGCCCUCCUCCUCCAGUCAGACAGGGACAAGUCAAUCCGUGACAUUGCGGUUCGUGUGCCGGGAUUGAACGAGCGAGAUUUUAUUUGCAAGCACUGCAACCUGCGCGUCGGAUCAUACGGGGCUUUACGCGCCUUCGACGACGAAAUAAGCCUCUCUAGAAAUCUUCUGCCCCAAUCGCACUUAACCGUAUGCGCUUCUCUAAGGGAGCUAUCGGCUUUCUACAAAUGCUUAGCUUGUUUUAAACGCAACAAACAAGUUGAUUUCGCAACCGCAGAGGGCUACGAAAAACAUAUUGUGACUGAGCAUCCGAAGCUGACAGAUUUUCAUAUUCCUCAGGAAACUGAGACUAAAUUAAGCGCUCAGCGGGAGCUCGAGAAUCUUCGCCGCAGGCCCAAUACCAUCACCACCCCAUCAACGUCGGAACCUCGAAAGUCCUCGGUAGUGCUAGACUCCCCUGUGAGUGAAGUAAGCACUGAACAAGGUUGGAAACCCCUGCAAGGCGCUGCGGCCGACAGCGGAAUCAUACAAUCUACCCCAAGAUUCGCAAGCCACACUGCCGUAGAAGAGGAAAGGAACCAGAAUCCGGGUGGUGUUGAAGAAGUCUCGGCUUCUCAAAGCUCUUACUUUUCUCUCACAGGUAGCAAUACCUUUGAACGCGAUUUCUAUUCGAGGUCUUCAGAACAGGAUUCAUUUCCGAGCCCUAUCAUACCGGCCCUUCAGACAAAUGCCAUAACUACAUCGUCCGAAACCAAAGAAACCACCCCCGUCACAACUGGAAUGAUGCACGAUCCCGGCCCGCCACGCGAACUCGAUGGCCAAGAAGUCUUACCACCUUACCAACCUGCUGAAUGGAGCCUUCACGAGAUGCCAGACAAUAGCACCCAAAACCUCGCCAGCUCAUCAAGGCCAUCCACUGACCCUUUCGUAGCGCCAGCCCCACCAGUUGAGCUAUCAGCUCAGCAACCGCCUCCAUUGCGAGCACCUCCGCCACCACCGCCGAAACCUGGAAGUCCCUACGCUCAGAAUCAGGAGGCCAUACUGGUGCCCGGCAUGCAGAGGAUCCAACGGAAACCGAUGCAGAGCCGCAAUGUAACCCCAAAUCAUUCUGCGGCGCAUUCUCCUCGCUCACAUAGCCCGUCGGUGUUUCCGCCGACACAAGAAAAUGCCCAAUCGGGGAUAUUGGGUGAGUCGGGAACGACGCAUCAGUUGAGGGGACUGCCAGGGGCCUUUACAUCUUGAAUAUGUAGACUACUUUGGCUAUAAGCCGUCAUCCAAAGAGAGACCGAAUAAAACGAACCAGAAUUCUUCCUUGUAGCAAUG